AUGCAACCUCUUGGACUUCUGGUGAUUACUGAUCCCAGGGCUGACCACCAGCCUCUCACAGAAUACUCCAGGAAUACUGGCCGGAGAGCUAUGCUGAAAUUUGCUGCUGCUACUGGAGCCACUCCUGUUGCCGGCUGCUUCACUCCUGGAACAUUCACUAACCAGAUCCAUGCAGCCUUCCGAGAGCCCAGACUUCUCGUGGUUACUGAUCCCAGGGCUGACCACCAACCUCUCACAGAGACGUCUUAUGUUAACCUGCCGACCAUUGCUCUGUGUAACACAGACUCUCCUCUGCGCUAUGUGGACAUUGUCAUCCCUUGCAACAACAGGGGAGCUCGCUUUGUGGGUCUGUUGUGGUGGAUGCUGGCCAGGGAAGUUCUGCGCCUGCGUGGUACCAUUUCCCAUGAACACCCGUGGGAGGUCAUGCCUGAUCUCUACUUCUACAGAGAUUCUGAAGAGACUGAAAAGGAAGAGCAGGCCGGUGCUGAAAAGGCUGUGACCAAGGAAGAACUCCAGGGUGAAUGGAUGGCUCCAGCUCCUGAGUUCACGGCUACUCAGCCUGAAGUUGCAGACUGGUCUGAAGUCGCGCAGGUGCCCUCUGUGUCUGCUCAGCAGUUCCCUCUGAAGACUGGAGCACCCACUGCUCGGGCCACUGAAUGGGUUGGAACAACCACUGAGUGGUCUUAAGCUGCUCUUCCACAAACGCAAACAAAAUGGAAAUAACGUUGAUGGAAAAUAAAGAGUUUGUAAAAGUCGAAAAAAA